GUAUUAGUAAUAAUUACAUUGUUAUCGCAGCUGAACGAUUACUUGUCUGAACAGAAUAAUCAUGGAGUCUUCAAUUAUAUUUAAAAUUACAUAAAGUGUACACAUAUUACAUUUAACGACCAACUAAGGACUGUGGUUAGUUUUACUUUAGGUGCCUAGGUCCUGUUGUUUUCUAUUAAUCUUGCUUUUACACAUGGACGAAAUAGAAGUAGUGCAUGAAUUCGGUGCCAUAGAGCAGAUAGACUUCUUGGAGAGCACGAAAAUGAAAAACAUGGAUCACCAUUCCUCCAAACCUCUGGUCUACUGUGUCAACGAGAAGCCGCCUGUAUGCCUAACGCUAAUGCUAGCUAUCCAAAACGUCGUGACAACAAUAGCAGGCGCACUGGUCAUAAUCAAUAUUUUAUCACCCAAACUUUGUAUUUUGCCUGAAGAUCCGGCUCAAGCUUACCUACUGUCCACCACCAUUAUGAUGGCCGGCAUAAGUACUUUGUUUCAAACCGUGUUAGGAGUGAGGCUACCGAUCAUACAAAACAGUGGAUUUGCUUACAUGAUUUGUUCUCUGUCCAUAAUGAACAUACCAAAAUGGCAGUGCGUAAAAGAAGUGGAACUUUUUUCAAUGGGUCCCGAAGCCAGGACUUUAGAAUGGCAACUUCGAAUUCGAGAUCUCCAGGGGUCCAUAAUCAUAAUCAGUAUUAUUCAAAUGUUAUUAGGAUACAGUGGUUUUGUCGGAAAAUCAAUGAAGUAUAUUGGCCCUCUGACUAUAGUGCCUACCAUGUGCAUUGUAGCGCUGACAGUAAUUGAAAGAGGAGUGCACCUUAUGUCUGGCAACUGGACCACCUCGCUCGUAACAUUGUUCUUCUUGACGUUGUUUUCCCAGUAUUUCCGCGAGAUUACUAUUUCCAUACCAGUUUUGUCGACGGUUAAAGGUCUGGUGUACACAAAGCUGAAGAUUUUUUCAUUAUUUUCGGUGAUGUUUAGUGUGGGAAUAAUGUGGAUCGCUUGCAUUUACAUGACUUCUAAGAACGAAUUGCUACCAACAGAUCCAGCCAAUACAGAAACAAAAUCCGGAGUUUUUCACAAUGCACAGGUGUUUCGACUACCCUACCCAUUUCAAUGGGGAUUGCCUUUGUUUAGUAUGAGAUCGAUAAUAGCUUUGCUGCCUGCUCUUUUCACCAGCAUCGUAGAGUCCAUCGGCAACUAUUACACAUGUGCCAGAUUUGCUAAUCUUACUUUACCCCCAUUAAGCGCUAUUAAUAGAGGUAUUGGAGUCCAAGGAAUCAGUUCAAUUCUCGCAGGUCUACUGGGAACGGGAACUGGUAUUAGCGCGUCCAGUGAAAAUGUAGGCAAUAACGGCAUUACCCAGGUUUGCAGUAGAAUCGUUAUUCAGUAUGCUGCAGUUAUUUUGAUUUUCAUUGCGCCGUUUACAAAAUUAGUAGCAUUGCUCAUUACACUACCGGAUCCAGUUCUGGGUGCAUUGAUGACGGUGUUACUUGCAAUGGUAGCUGCAGUAGGUUUAUCUAAUCUACAGUUCAUAAAUCUCAACUCGAUGAGAAAUCUAUACAUUUUGAGUAUGUCAAUGUUCUUUGGAUUGGCUGUUCCCAAAUACGUUUCGACACAUGAAAAUCUGAUAAAUACCAAAUUCGAAUUAUUAAACCAAACCUUGUACGUGUUUAUGUCAUCCGGUAUGUUUAUCGGUGGGCUAGUUGCCUUCAUAAUGGAUAACACUAUUCCAGACGACAGUCAAAAUAAGUUAAAAACGAAUUUAUACUACAUAAACGAAGAUGAAGCAAGUUACAACAACGGUUAUGAUAUCGAUGAUGAGAAAACGUAUAAAAUUUCCGAAAGACUAUUCGAUAGAAUUCAAAACUUUUUAACAUUUUUCGUAUAAGUGUAACAUCGUUUUUUUAAAGCUUAACAUAUUACUUAUAAUAUUUUUUUUGUGUUUGAGUAUUAAUAUGAAUACCUACAUAAUUUUUGUGAGCCAUACAAGUAUGCUAAAACCUUAGGUGUAAUGUCUUUGGUAUUCUUUGAAGAUUUAAAAAUUAUCUCUCUAUGUUACUAUUAAUUUUAUACUUCUAUAACUGUUUUGUGUAUUGUUGUAACAUUUUGUAUUAGUGAAAUAAGAGUUAACUAUAAAUUAAUAAAUACCAUGGAAAAUAUUACGAACUUUAAUAUUAAGCUAUGUAUGUAUUUACA